UUUAGAUCUUGAAAUCUCUACCUCCAACAAGACCAAAGUGGGAUUGUAUGUGUGUAUGGGUGUGGGAAGACAUCAGUCAUAAAGCUGUAAAAUAUGCACGGCAUAUUAUAGUACUGACCUUAAUUAUUAAUUAUAUGAGAUUAUUGUAUUCUGAUUGAGUAGGCAAUUGUCCUUGUUCUUGAGACAAAGGCUAAAAUAUUUGGGGGUGAAAUGUCAUUAUGUGACCAAGUAACAGACAAAUCAUGUAAAAUUUAUGUGGUUGAGGAAUUGUGAAUCAAAAGCUAGUCAGAGAGUGGGCCAAAUAAGGAGUUUCCUCUGCACAGCUGGACUCUCACCUCCCUGGGUGGUAAAUGACGCCCUGAGUGCUUCAUGGUGGCCACAACACAUGAGAAAGGAGGGAGAGACAUGCUCACACACAGGCUGUGGGUACCUUCUGCAAGGGUGGAGCCCUGUCUUUCCAUGCCAAAAGGCCUACUACAGCUGCACGUGUGAGCUGAUACACUUUACUGCAGCCCCGAGAAGGUGCGAGGCAGGACGGUCUACUCCACAGCAGCGCAUGCGCGCGCUGAUGCGCUUUACGACAGACACCUGAAGGAGUCGGCUGCAGCAGCCUGUACGGCCUGGUGCGCUUUACGGUACAGCGCCGUGAAGGUGCCAGGUGAAGGCACAUCAUUGUCAGCGGUGGGGUCAAGGUUCUGCAUUCUAGGCCCGCGGGAGGCAGCAGUUGGGCGGUGACAUUCCUACUAGCCAGAGACCAUGGCGGCGAUCGUAGCGCUACUUCGAAAGAUGAAAGACUAUGUGACUACCAAGGAGUUCCGCGAGUACCUGACCAGCACGCACUUCUGGGGUCCUGUCGCCAACUGGGGCCUCCCGCUGGCAGCCAUUAAAGACACCAAGGCGCCUCCCGACAUCAUCAGCGGCCGCAUGACCACAGCGCUCAUCUUGUACUCGACGGCCUUCAUGCGCUUCGCCUACCGCGUCCAGCCUCGAAACUACCUGCUGAUGGCGUGCCACGCCACCAACGUGGUGGCGCAGAGUGUGCAGGCCACCCGCUACGUCCGCUUCCGCUAUGGCCUUGGCAGCGGGGCUUCGGGAGCAGCCACCAGCCCCAGUUCGAAGCCGUCCCCGAAACCACGUUAAUGGGAGACAUCUGAUCGCCAGGCUUUGCAGUUUUGCAAGCGCUGAACACGAUUCGGUUGGAAGAUCAAGGAAGACUGGGCUUUGACUCGCAAAACAGUGCAAACCU